GGAUGGCUAUUUUCGUCGGCUAACCGUUAUGGAUAUAGGGAGGCUGCGACGCCUGCAACGCGCCACUCGCUGCUCGCUCUUGCACUACACGAUUGCCUCGGCGCGUCCUCGACUUUUUAACAAUUAAACGCAUCCACUUGUACUAACCACCAAUCAAAAUGUGUGACGAUGAUGUUGCGGCACUUGUCGUUGACAACGGAUCCGGUAUGUGCAAGGCUGGAUUCGCUGGCGAUGACGCCCCCCGAGCCGUAUUUCCCAGCAUCGUUGGUCGCCCUCGACACCAGGGUGUGAUGGUCGGUAUGGGGCAAAAGGACAGCUACGUGGGCGACGAGGCUCAGAGCAAGCGAGGUAUCCUCACCCUGAAGUACCCGAUCGAACACGGCAUCAUCACCAACUGGGACGACAUGGAGAAGAUCUGGCACCACACCUUCUACAACGAGCUGCGCGUCGCCCCCGAGGAGCACCCCGUCCUCCUGACCGAGGCUCCCCUGAACCCCAAGGCCAACCGCGAGAAGAUGACGCAGAUCAUGUUCGAGACCUUCAACAGCCCCGCGAUGUACGUCGCGAUCCAGGCCGUCCUCUCCCUCUACGCCUCCGGUCGUACCACCGGUAUCGUCCUCGACUCCGGCGACGGUGUCUCCCACACGGUCCCCAUCUACGAAGGUUACGCCCUGCCCCACGCCAUCCUGCGUCUCGACCUCGCCGGUCGCGACCUUACCGACUACCUCAUGAAGAUCCUCACCGAGCGCGGAUACUCCUUCACGACGACCGCCGAGCGCGAAAUCGUCCGCGACAUCAAGGAGAAGCUCUGCUACGUCGCCCUCGACUUCGAGCAGGAAAUGGCCACCGCCGCCGCCAGCACCUCCCUCGAGAAGAGCUACGAGCUCCCCGAUGGCCAAGUCAUCACCAUCGGCAACGAGAGGUUCCGUUGCCCAGAGGCCCUCUUCCAACCCUCUUUCCUGGGAAUGGAAUCCUGCGGUAUCCAUGAAACCGUCUACAACUCGAUCAUGAAGUGCGACGUCGACAUCCGUAAGGACCUGUACGCCAACACCGUUCUCUCAGGUGGUACCACCAUGUACCCCGGUAUCGCCGAUCGUAUGCAGAAGGAGAUCACCGCCCUCGCCCCGUCGACGAUCAAGAUCAAGAUCAUCGCUCCUCCGGAAAGGAAGUACUCCGUAUGGAUCGGUGGAUCCAUCCUCGCCUCUCUCUCCACCUUCCAGCAGAUGUGGAUCUCCAAGCAGGAGUACGACGAGUCCGGCCCCGGAAUCGUCCACCGCAAGUGCUUCUAAAUAGAUUACCUCAUCUUCAAAUCGCCUUUCCAAUGUUUCUCUACCAGAACAAAAAAUGUCAAUUAACCAAAAUGAAAAAGGAGACGUUAUCAAGCGGAAGAAAAAACUACUCAAGUGCCUUUAUUAUACACAUUUAUCAGACUGUAUUGUACUUUGUAGUUUAUACAACUAUAAUUAUUUGUUACGAUCAUUA